ACUAAACUUUGCUUCAUAUAAAACCCACAACUAUAGUUAUCUAGCAACAGUCGUUAAAAGUUCAACAUCAAAAUGAGAGCUGUUAAAUUUCUCGUUUUAGCCGUCAUCUUGUUUUUCUGCCUUCCUGCUGACGUCACAGCCGUUACCUGCGAUGUCGCACCUCUGGAUCCCAACUGUAUCAAUUGCCUGCUGACUCCACAGAAUGCCGAAUGCCUUGUAGGAGCAACUUCAUCCACCUCGACUACGACAACUGCGGCGCCUGUGACAACUUCGACCACAAAGAGUUCGCGACGUCGUCGGGCAAGGAAGUAUUUCUCAAAGUUAUUCAAGCGCAUACGUUCACGUUUCCAAACACUUAAAAAGCAAUUGAAUCCUUUUUAAAUCAUAAACAUUUAUGAUUAAACUGCUUUGAAAUAAUAAAUUGUUUUGUGUUUAA